AUGACGACGACGGCAACGGAAAUGAUGAUGGAGAUAAGCAUGGUGGAUGACAUCAUAAGAAGAUUAUUAGAAGGCAAAGGAGGCAAACAGGUCCAGCUCUCCGAGAUCGAGAUCCGUCAACUCUGCGUUAACGCACGACAAAUCUUCCUCUCUCAGCCCAAUCUCCUCGAUCUCCAUGCCCCCAUUCGCAUCUGCGGUGACAUCCAUGGACAAUACCAAGACCUUCUCCGCCUCUUCGAAUACGGAGGCUACCCUCCAUCAGCAAACUACCUCUUCCUCGGAGACUACGUCGACAGAGGCAAGCAAAGCCUCGAAACAAUCUGUCUCCUCUUAGCCUACAAAAUCCGUUACCCAUCCAAAAUCUUCCUCCUGAGAGGCAACCACGAGGACGCAAAGAUCAACAGAAUCUACGGCUUCUACGACGAAUGCAAACGUAGAUUCAACGUCAGGCUUUGGAAGAUAUUCACAGACUGUUUCAACUGUUUGCCCGUUGCAGCCCUCAUUGACGACAAGAUCUUGUGUAUGCACGGAGGGUUGUCUCCUGAGCUGGAGAAUUUGGAGCAGAUUAGGGAGAUUCAGAGGCCUACUGAGAUUCCGGACAAUGGUCUUCUUUGUGAUUUGCUUUGGUCUGAUCCUGAUCAGAAGAGUGAAGGUUGGUCUGAUAGUGAUAGAGGGAUUUCUUGUACGUUUGGUGCUGAUGUUGUUGCUGAGUUUUUGGAUAAGAAUGAUCUUGACCUUAUUUGCCGUGGCCAUCAGGUGGUGGAAGAUGGUUAUGAGUUUUUUGCGAAAAGGAGAUUAGUGACGAUAUUUUCAGCUCCAAACUAUGGUGGAGAGUUUGAUAAUGCAGGUGCUUUGUUGAGUGUGGACCAAUCUCUUGUUUGUUCUUUUGAGAUUCUGAAACCUGCUCCUUCUUCUAGCAGUAUUCCUCUCAAGAAGGUACCUAAAAUGGGCAAGUCUUGA